AUGCAAGUAUCCAUCGGGAAGAAGACUAUCAAAUUGCUCUCCUGCAAGCCAAUCGAAGAGCUGAACGAUUAUGAUGUUCGAUUUGGAAAAGGCAAGGGCACCUAUAAUUCAAAAGGGAAUAGACACAUGCUGGAAUUAACAUCGCGCUAUUAUCCGGAUGUUUCGAACAGCCGUCUCAAAAUGCAGCUUUGUAAGACGAUUGUGGAACAAAUUCGAAGCGAAGGAGGACGCUUUGUUGUUCAAUGGAAAGGAAAAUGGUACGAAGUCAUGGAAAAAGAAGCCAUUGCCAAAGUCGAACAACAGUUUCGAAACCGAAAGAACAAAGCUCCAAAGACUACUGGUUCUACCAGAUCCAUCACCAGGACCAGAUCUACUACCCCCACAGCCAGAAUCAGCGAGCCAAACUUACACAUGCCUUUACUUUCCAGCACCAACCCGCAAAGCUUGGCAUUCUCAUAUUUGCACAGUGAAACAAACACUUUUGGUUCGACAAGACCUACAGCCGCAGCCAGUGUUAGUGAGGCAAACCUCAACUUUCCGUACACUCCCAGUAGCAACCAUCAAAUAUGCGCAAUCCAAAGUUUGCAGAGCGCCAUGCUGUCCGUCCUGAACGAGAUUGACUCCAUUCCACCAGCAGGGCAUUCUCGACCCAGUCGCGCAGAAAGGGAAGACCAACUUCUCAAAGAUGAAAGAGUACGCAGAGCCACGUUGGAAAUGGCUUAUUCCUUGCCAUUAGGCAGGAACAAUGUCGUUUCUCCAAGCAUUGCUAGCGGACCAGCAGCUCCCGCCGUUCGUGCCCCUUCAGCUGCCAGUAUCUGUCUAGUUGCGGCCAAUCCAGAGUUUCACACCAGCUCGAGCCAUUCAAGUGUCAUCUCGAGCCAAACGGAUGCUUCUUUUGGUAGCUUUGGCUUGUACGAAGUAUAA